AUGUCGCAAGACGAGGAUUUGGCAGGCGAACCUCCCGCUUCAAUAAACCCGUACGAAGUACUAGACGUCGACGAAAAGGCAACAGCAGAUGAAAUCAAGAGCGCAUAUAGGAAGAAGGCUUUGAAACAUCAUCCAGACAAAGCUGCCCUUGACCAGAAAGAAGACGCAAAGCAGAAAUUCCAAGAAAUCGCAUUUGCCUACGCCAUCCUCUCCGACGAGCGUCGCCGCCGCCGCUACGAUCUCACUGGCAACACAUCCGAAUCCCUUGAUCUUGAAGACGAUGACUUCAACUGGACCGAAUUCUACAAGGAGCAAUUUUCGGGGCUAGUCGACGUUUCGGCCAUUGAGAAGAUCAAGAAGGAAUAUCAAAACACAGAUGAGGAGAGGAACGAUCUUUUAGCUGCGUUUGAGCAAUUCAAAGGUGAUUUGGAUCGGGUUUAUGAGGUUGUUAUGCUUAGCAGUGUGUUGGAGGAUGAUGACCGAUUUCGAGCGAUUCUCGACAGGGCAAUUGCCGAUAGCGAGGUGAAAGGGUGGAAGAAAUAUACAGAGGAGUCGGAGAGUAAACGCCAAAAGCGGUUGAAACGUGCUCAGGCAGAGGCUGCUGAAGCCGAGGAGGCGGCUAAAGAACUUGAUGCGAAGAGUGCGGCAAAGGGCAAGAAAAAGAGCAAACCUAGUAAGGAGGACGAUAAUGCUCUCGCGGCUCUAAUUCAACAACGUCAAAAGUCUCGAGCGGCCAAUUUUUUCGAUGACUUGGAAGCAAAAUAUGCACCGAAAAGUGCGGGCAAGAGUAAGAAGCGUUCUGCGGCGGAUGAACCGCCUGAGGAGGCAUUCGCGGCUGUUGGAGCCCGCAAAAGCUCCGGGAAAGGAAAAGGCAGCACCAAACGUUCCAAGGCUUGA